AUGGCACGUGACAGCGAGGUUGUAAAUAAUAUGUACGAGACGGACCCCGAUCUCCUGGGCGGCGAAAGCGCGGAGGAGGAAACCGAGGACAGCAUCAUGUCCCCCAUCCCCGUGGGGCCUCCGUCCCCCUUUCCCACCAGCGAGGACUUCACUCCCAAGGAGGGCUCGCCGUACGAAGCUCCCGUCUACAUUCCUGAUGACAUUCCAAUCCCUCCAGAUUUUGAACUCAGAGAAUCUUCGAUUCCAGGGGCAGGGCUAGGGAUUUGGGCCAAAAAGAAGAUUGAAGUUGGGGAAAGAUUUGGACCUUAUAUGACAGUACAGAGGAGCACGUUAAAGGAAGCUAACUUUGGAUGGGAGCAAAUCCUGAGCGAUCCUGAGGUGACUUCCCAAGAGGGCAAUAUAAAAAAGAUUGCUGAUGACCUGGGAAAUGAGAAAUUCUGUGUUGAUGCCAGCCAGAGCGGAGCUGGGAACUGGCUGAAGUACAUCCGCGUGGCCUGUUCCUGUGAUGAGCAGAACCUGGCCGUGUGUCACGUUAAUGACCAGAUCUAUUAUAAGGUUAUUAAAGAGAUUGAGCCGGGAGAGGAGCUGCUGGCGUUCGUGAAGGAAGGAGGCUACGCGCUGGGGAACAUGGCCCCCGGCGUGGAAGAGGAGCGCACGUUCCGCUGCGAGGACUGCGACGAGCUCUUCCAGUCCAAGCUGGAGCUGCGGCGGCACAAGAAGUACGCGUGCGGCGCGGCGGGCGCGCGCUUUAGAGGGCCCCGCGGCAGGUUCCGCGAGGAAGGGACCCCCCAGAGUCAGGUGUCACCUUGGGGCUGCGUGUGCGGCUCCCCGGGCUCAGCGCGUCUCUCCCGCAGCUUGGAGCAGCACAUGGUGAUCCACACCGAGGAGCGGGAGUACAAGUGCGACCAGUGCCCCAAGGCCUUCAACUGGAAAUCCAACCUGAUCCGUCACCAGAUGUCCCACGACAGCGGGAAGCGCUUCGAAUGUGAAAACUGCGUGAAGGUGUUCACCGACCCCAGCAACCUGCAGCGGCACAUCCGCUCGCAGCACGUGGGCGCGCGCGCCCACGCCUGCCCCGACUGCGGCAAAACCUUCGCCACCUCGUCGGGCCUCAAGCAGCACAAGCACAUUCACAGCACUGUCAAACCUUUCAUAUGUGAGGUCUGUCACAAAUCCUACACGCAGUUCUCCAACCUGUGCCGCCACAAGCGGAUGCACGCGGACUGUCGCACCCAGAUCAAAUGCAAGGACUGUGGCCAGAUGUUCAGCACUACCUCUUCUCUCAACAAGCACCGGCGCUUCUGCGAGGGCAAGAACCAUUACAACCCCGGGGGGAUUUUUGCCCCUGGCCUGCCCCUGACGCCCACCUCCAUGAUGGACAAAUCCAAGCCCUCUCCCAACCUCAAUCACGCCAGCCUGGGAUUUAACGAUUACUUCCCGUCCCGUCCGCACCCCGGGGCUCUUCCAUUCACCCCCGCUCCCCCGGCGUUCCCUGCCCUCGCUCCAGGAUUCCCAGGCAUUUUCCCACCCUCUCUGUACCCCAGGCCCCCCUUGUUACCGCCAACGCAGCUGCUCAAAAGUCCCCUCAACCACACUCAAGACGCAAAGCUCCCGAGCCCCCUUGGGAACCCGGCGCUUCCUCUGAUUUCCGCAGUGAGCAACAGCAACCAGGCUGCUCCAGGAGAGGAGAAGUGCGAAAGCAGCCUGGAAAACUCCUACCUGGAGAAGCUAAAAGCCAGGAACAGUGACAUGUCGGAUGGCAGUGACUUUGAGGACGUCAAUACAACCACGGGCACAGAUCUGGAUACCACUACGGGCACCGGCUCUGACCUGGACAGUGACGCAGAGAGUGACAGGGACAAAGCAAAAGAGAAGAGCAAGCAGAUGGAGAGCAAGCCGGAUUUUGUGAGCAGCGCCGUGUCCGCGAGUUCCACCAACAGCGCCAGCGAGAUCCCUCUCUUCUACUCCCAGCACUCCUUCUUCCCUCCGCCCGAGGAGCACCUGCUGCCCGCGGGCGCAGCCAACGACUCCAUCAAAGCCAUUGCCUCCAUCGCAGAGAAGUAUUUUGGGCCUGGCUUUAUGGGGAUGCAGGAGAAGAAGAUGGGUUCGCUCCCCUAUCAUUCCAUGUUCCCAUUUCAGUUCCUCCCCAAUUUUCCCCAUUCCCUCUAUCCGUUUACGGAGCGGACCCUCAAUCACAACUUGCUGGUCAAGGCCGAACCAAAGUCACCCAGGGACCUCCACAAAGUAGGCAGCACCAGCUCAGAGUCCCCCUUCGAUCUCACCACAAAGCCAAAAGAGAUUAAGCCCAUCUUGCCGCCACCCAAGGUCCUGCCAGCCCCGGCCUCCGGGGAGGAGCAGCCGCUGGAUCUGAGCAUCGGCAACCGCAUCCGAGCCAGCCAGAACGGAGGAAGGGAGCCCCGGAAAAACCACAUCUACGGGGAGAGGAAACUGAUGGCCAACGAAGUCCUGCCCAAGAUUUCUCAGUCCCAGCUGCCUCAGCAGCCAUCCCUGCAUUACGCCAAGCCAUCACCCUUCUUCAUGGACCCCAUUUACAGGGUGGAGAAGCGGAAGGUGACAGACCCUGUGGGGGCCCUAAAGGAGAAGUACCUGCGACCCUCCCCGCUGCUUUUUCACCCCCAGAUGUCGGCCAUCGAAACGAUGACGGAGAAACUGGAGAGCUUCGCAGCCAUGAAGGCCGACACGGGCACGUCCCUGCAGCCGCUCCCGCAUCACCCCUUCAACUUCCGAUCGCCGCCGCCGACGCUGUCCGACCCCAUCCUGCGCAAGGGCAAGGAGCGCUACACGUGCAGGUACUGCGGAAAGAUCUUCCCGCGCUCGGCCAAUCUGACCCGGCACCUGCGGACACACACUGGAGAGCAGCCCUACAGGUGUAAAUACUGUGACAGGUCAUUCAGCAUUUCCUCCAACCUCCAGCGGCAUGUUCGAAACAUCCAUAACAAGGAGAAGCCAUUUAAAUGUCACCUGUGUAACCGAUGCUUCGGGCAGCAGACCAACCUGGACCGACACCUGAAGAAGCACGAACACGAGAACGUUCCAGUGAGCCAGCACUCUGGAGUCAUCACAAACCACCUUGGGACCAGUGCCUCUUCCCCAAACUCAGAAUCAGACAACCAUGCACUUUUAGAUGAAAAAGAGGAUUCAUAUUUUUCUGAAAUAAGAAAUUUUAUUGCAAAUAGUGAGAUCAAUCAAGCAUCAACUUUAGCAGAUAAAAGACCAGAAAUCCAGGAUAUUGAUGGCAAUUCCCAGUGUCAUGGAUUAGCAAAUGAGAAAACAGAAGAUGUGGAUGAUGAAGAUGAAGAACUGGAAGAGGAAGACGAUGACAGCCUGACAGGGAAGUCACAGGAUGAAACGGUAUCACCCACCACAGAGCCCCGAGGAGCGUUUGAGGAUGAGGAGGAUGAAGAACCCACAUCUCUCACCAUGAGCUUUGACCACACCCGAAGGUGUAUUGAGGAGGACGAAGCCGGCUUGUUAGAUUUGGAGCAGAUGCCGAAUUUUGGGAAGGGGCUGGAUCUUCGCAAAGCAGCCGAGGAAGCAUUUGAAGUUAAAGAUGUGUUUAAUUCCACCUUAGACUCUGAGGCAAUAAAACAGACUCUGUACAGGCAGGCUAAAAACCAGGCUUUUGCAAUGAUGCUGUCCCUGUCCGAGAACGCUCCCCUCCACGCGUCCUCCCAGAGCUCUCUGGGUGCUUGGUUGGACAUGGCAGGAGCAGCUUCAGAGUCGGGGACCUUUAACCCCAUCAACCACCUCUGAGAGGUCACCAAGGCACUGGCCAGAGUCCAAGCGAGGAGGCGGUGGUGCUGCAAUUGUCCUAGCAAAAAUCCUAGCAAGCAGAAGACGGAUGAGAGGGCCUCAGGGAGUCGUCUGGGCUUUUGGCUGGGAAAGAAACCUGUUGCAUCCGACCUACAACGCCUGAAUUUUCACCUAUCCGCAGUUCUCAUUCCUAAUUUAUCAGAACGAACCUCUCCAAAACUGGAUAACCCUGAUGCAGCCCUAGGAUUUCACAAUCUCGAAGAGUAGCAUAAACAAGACAUGAAUUGCAACGGUGCAAUCAAAUAUUGGCCCCUUUAACCUUACCGGACAGUAUCACCGAGCCAGCAGAGCUUGCCUGUGAACGAAAGCUUGAAACCGUUUGGUUCCCUAC